GUGUGGGAUGGCGGACGGCGGGUCGGUGUUGCUGCGCCUGGAGGCGGGGGAGGUGCAGUGCACGGUGUGUAUGGGGGUGUAUCGCUGCCCCUGUACCCUCCCCUGCGGACACACGUGCUGCCAGCCGUGCAUCGAGAAAUGGUGGCGCGGGAGCGCGCAGUGUUCGUGCCCCGUCUGCAGCACCGUCUUCCCCGCCCGCCCCCAACUCAGCAAGAACAUCGUCCUGGCCAGCCUGUUGGAGGCGCUACACGCCCAGGACCCCGGCGCCCACCACGACUGCCCCCCAGUGCGCAGGCCCAGCCGCCACCAAACUCUGCCUGCCCUGUAUGGCGCCCCUGUGCGGAGAACACCAGCUACUGCACGUCUCCAACUCCGCCCCACGGCGACACCUGCUGGUCACUCUGCGCGCUGCAACCUGGCCGUGCCGAGGACACCCCAGAGGACUGCAGAACUUUCUGUCUGCCGCACUCCGCCCCCUUCUGUCCGGACUGUGAACUGCAACACCGACACUGCGACACGGCGCCCCUGCUGGAGCUCUACAGGAACAACAGGGAAAGACUGGAGAAGCGGAUCGGAGAUCUGGAGGAGAUUAUCGGCAGCAAGGAGGAGAUGAUUGGCAGUCGGAAGGACGGGUACCGUGAGAUCCAGAUCCUGAUUUGUGGCAUGAAGGACAGUCUGACCCAGGACUUCCGUGAAAUGCGGGACUAUCUGGAGAAGCAGGAGCGGGCCUCAUUCUGGAGGAUGCAGCAGGAACAGGAGAGCGCCCAGAAGGCCACGUCCCAGGAGGUUCAGACUCUCUUGGCGGAGAUCGAUCGUAUGAGGAAGGAGAAGGUGGAACUGCAGGAACGCAUCGAAAACGACUGGAUCGCCGUGCUGAAGCAUUCCGGAUCAGGAGAAGACUCUGUGUCCUCAUCCUCCCCCAAGAAACAAUACACCUUGGAUGAGAACCGCCUGGUAGACACCACUGACGCCAUUUCCAGAAUCAAGCAGAGCCUCUUGUGUCACCCACUCCUGGAGGAGGUUUCCUGUCCACCCAAACAAGUGUUUGAGGAGACGCUGGUCUUACAGACCUCUCCUGGAGCCGCCGACCAGACGCCAAGAACAGGACUGCCAGAGAGAAGUCCAAACAACCUCCUGCAGUGGGCCACACACAUCUCAUUCGACCUUCAGACAGUCAACAGUCACCUGGCUGUCUCCGAGGACCUGAAAACGGUGAAGGUGACAAAGAAGAGCGUCCCGUAUGAGAAGAGCAGCCGCAGGUUUACCAACAGCCAGGCCCAAUGUUCUCAGGCCUUCUCCACCGAGUGCGCACCUACUGGGAGUUCAGUGUGCAGGCCAGCGAUGGCUGGGGGGUGGGGAGCCGCCGCCGCCGAGAUGGGAAAAGACGGCAAACUUGGACGGAACAAUCUAUCCUGGUGUGUGGAAUGGAAUAAAGAUCACCUGUGUGCCUGGCACAACGACCAAGACAUCCAUGUCUUCCUCUCCAGGCCACAGACCGUCGGCGUCCUCCUCGACUGCCCACAAAAGGAGCUGAAAUUUUAUUCCAUCUCCGCCGACAGCCAGAUCCUCAUCCACUGCUACAAAGUCCAGAUCCAGAGCCACAUCUUCCCUGCCGCCUGGCUGUACGGCCUGAAGGCCGGGAACUCCCUGACAAUACGAGACUUACAGAGCACCAGCAUGUGA